AUCAGUGUUGCUAAUAGCAACACAUUGUUGUUUACAAUUUUAUUGACAUAAGAAAAUUCGUUCACUUUUGUAUUUGUGUGUCGUAAACCCAACAAAUUCCGGCUGAGCAAAAUUGAUCGGUCAGCGAUCCCCAAAACUGGCCAAGUAAAAAAUUGCGAAAGCUCGAUUUACCGCUGACAAGCGUCGAAUACCAUUCAUCUCAUUGCGCGAAAUGUUCAAAAACACGUUUCAAUCGGGAUUCUUGUCGAUUCUAUAUAGCAUUGGCUCCAAGCCACUGCAGCUGUGGGACAAGAAGGUGCGCAACGGACACAUUAAGCGCAUCACUGACAAUGACAUACAGAGCCUGGUUCUCGAAAUUGUGGGGACCAAUGUGAGUACAACGUUCAUAACAUGUCCGGCAGAUCCAAAGAAGACGCUCGGCAUCAAAUUGCCAUUUCUGGUGAUGAUCAUUAAGAACAUGAAAAAAUACUUUACGUUCGAAGUACAGGUUCUUGACGACAAGAAUGUGCGACGCCGGUUUCGGGCUAGCAAUUAUCAAUCGACCACCAGGGUGAAGCCCUUCAUAUGCACAAUGCCCAUGCGUCUGGAUGAGGGUUGGAACCAGAUUCAAUUCAAUUUGUCAGAUUUUACGCGACGCGCCUACGGCACCAACUACGUGGAGACGCUGCGUGUCCAAAUCCAUGCAAAUUGCCGAAUACGUCGUGUGUAUUUCUCGGAUCGACUCUAUUCUGAGGAUGAACUGCCGCCGGAAUUCAAACUGUUCCUGCCGAUACAGAAACCGGUUCAAAAGUCAAAUGCCAUAUGCAGUUAGUCGUACACAAAUAACUCCCCAAUAUAUGCACAUUAAACGCAUUCCGAUUAACGCAAAGACGAAUGCUAAGCAACCAAUUUAUUUAACUUCAACAAACAACAAAUCACGCGACUAAAGAAAUAAAUUAUCAUGCAAGCCGGCAUAAGUAUUUAUUAUUAACAACACACUUCUUUAUGUUAAAAAUAGAAGGCUCUUAACUUUGCAAUAAAUAUUCACACCAAAAUUA